GUAAAAUAUAUUAUAUCUUAAUUUAGAAUAAAUCAACCUUAGUUGUCAUUGUCUUGCUUUUCUUUACAGAUGCCAUCCUGCCAUCAACUUGGAUUGGUGAGAAAGUUUCUAUGUUAAGUUCUGUUCAACUUCAUUUAACCAGGAUAGUCCACUCAGUAACAAUUGUCACUACUCUGUAGGGAGUACUGGGAGAACAGAGCCGGUUCCCUCUGCAGCAGAAGUUGGGCCCAGCUGCAGUGAUGCACCUCCUCUACCAGUUAAAAAAAAAGGAAGGCAGUUGAUGUUGAGGCCUGGAAGGGGUUGAGGGAGCUACUCCACAUGCCUGCAGUGGAGCUGGAAUGUCAUCCACCCAACGUCUUCUGCAGUGUGUGUAGAGUUUUGGAGGAGGCUGAGCUAUGGUGCUGUGGGGAUUGUGGCUCAGAUAAAUAUUUCUGUGCCACCUGUGCUGUGAGAACACACAGCACUCCCAACAUUGUCCACCAGUUGGAGUUAUGAAAGGUAAUGUAUUUUAUCUUAUGUCAACAAACCUGUCAACUUCUGGCUACAUUUUUUUGCUUCCCAGUCAAAAAUGUUGAUAAUGUACAUACAGUUCAGUUUCUAUAAAAGUUACAGUUCCCUGCAGCAGUAAGGUAAAUGUGGCUAAAUCUGUCGUGCCAAGCACAGAGUUGAUUUGGAGUUUUCUAACCACUUGUGCAAUGAAAUAUCCCCCUGAUAGUGUAGUUUCAAAUCUGCAGCUACUGUAGUCUGUUCUACAACAACUUUGUGUCUGUCUGUCUGUCUUAGUUAGGGCAGUUCAUCCCAUGUGUCCCGGUGGGCCUACGAUGGGAGUGGAGGAGACAAGAUGACCAUGACUGUCACAGCCAGUACAACCGCCUUCUGAUAGUUGUUGACGUUAGAGGUAGGCCUUAUAUAAAAAUUGGAAACUAAGACAUCUGGCUCUUUUACCAUCUUGCAAACUGUAUCAGAGCAUCAAUUGUAGCAGCACCAUGCUCAGAGACGGUUUCUCUCUCUAAGCCAUAAGACUGUUGAUGAAAACUGAACUGACUCUUUGUUGCUAUGGCAACUACUGUACUGUACUUAAUAUACUGUAGUUAUCUACUUAUUUCAUUGUAUUGUGCACACUAUGCUGUAUCCCUGCGCAAAUGACAACUUUGACUUUGAUUUCAUUUGAUCUAGUUUACCAGAACCCUGUUCACUCUGUUGUUAUGAUGAAAAUAUGGUGUCAUUUUGAAAGUUCUUAAGAGACAUGCAUCUCACCAACAUCAGAUGUAAUGUUUAGCAAUGCAAUCUAAGAAACGGAAUGUCCUCAUUUCAGGACGAGCUCAUGACGUCUGGCUGCAGUUUUGCAGCUGUGAGCUGGAACCUGUCACCCUGAUCCGCUACAGACUCUGGCCUGCCACCCCCCAUCUGCCGCAAACAGCAAUUUCAGUGGACCUCCUGCACCAGAUUGCAGCCCUGCAGCUGGAGUGUGGGGUGUCUUUGAGGGGGAUUACCUUUCCAUAAAUCCAAUGCAUCCUGGAAGGUAGUUAUUGUAUUUUAAAUUAGAAAUCAAACCAUACAUGUAAGUGUUUUUUACUAUGAGGAUUAUUUUUUGUUUGUUUGUUUCUAUCAACAGACAGUUAAGCUCUACCGGAAGCUCACAAAUGAGUCAUUUGAGGAGUUCAAACACUGGCAGUUUGAACGAGAGACUGUCAGGAAGUUGGCGCCACUGACCUCGGACAGAACAAAGUGUCCUCUCUGUCCACAGGUAUGUCAAUGAUAACAAUUAAGGAACAACUAUAAAGUCUCAGUAAGCUAGGAUUCUUAUUUGCAUUCAGUGUUGUUCAUAAUUUAUAAGGGGAAAUAUAUCCAACCUCAGUUGUCUUUCUUAUAUAUAUUCUAUCAUUGCCUUGCCAAACAGUAGUAAUGUUAUGCGGCAAUACCAUUGCAAGCCUCUCAAAAACCAAACCCAAGUCGUGGGAGGCGGAAACAGGUAAAGUAUGGGAUUGCCAGACAGGGCAAAGUUUUGUGGGUGGCUUUGCUACCAAGGCCGCUACGGUUGCCAUGAAGGCAUGUCUGGAUCCACAACAUGCUGGAUAACGGGGCUCUGGUAAAGCUAGGUGGACCAAUCAUCUGCUUAGUGGAUACUACCGAUUACAGAUACAUUCACAAAGAAACUACAGCUUAAAUGACCUUGUCACGCCCUGACUUAUGGGACUCUAGUAUGUUGAGUCAGGGUGUGGAGUUCUAUGUUGUUAUUUCUAUGUUCUCAUUCUAGGUUGUGUUUCUAUGUUUGGCCGGGUGUGAUUCCCAAUCAGAGGCACCUGUCGCUCGUUGUCUCUGAUUGGGGAUCAUACUUAAGUAGCCUGUUGGCAAUCAGUUGUUGUGGGAUCUUGUUCCGUGUAGAGGCUUGUAUUGUGUUUAGCAUGAGGACUUCACGUUACGUUGUUUUGUUCGUGUGUUUAUCGUUGAAAUAAACAUGUAUGCAUUUCACGCUGCGCCUUGGUCUGACCCGUCCUUCAACGUACGUGACAGACCUAUGUUUUCCAAGGAGCACAAGGGUUUAAGUAAUACCCUUGCAAAUGUCCAUUCCCUGUAUCCUUAAUCAUUUUGUAUAAUUAAUUAUUUGCAUUAUUAUUUUAAAGGAAAACGGUCAUCAAAUUAUUGCAGCUGAUGCCCUAUUUGGGCUUCCCAUAAAAAGAUUGUCUGGGACCAGCAUUGAGGGUCCCAAACCUGCUGGGUGGUUCUUUUGUGAACAAGACAAAGUUGACUGCUUUGUAGGAGGAGCAUCAGACUGAGGUAUACUGGAUUUUGAAGAAUGGGAUGUAUCUCACAAUCAGUUAGUUUCACUAGUCCUCUUCUGUGUGACUUGUGUGAUGUGUGUUUGUGUGUAUUACCAACAGCUGGGCUAAUGUUGGAGAAGUUUAAAGGUUUGAUUGAAAUCAGGAGAAGCCAUUUAUCCUUGGUGAUGCGACUCUACCAAUGGACUAUUCUGUCCAUUUUUUUUUUUUUUUUAAGUUGAACAGAUUGGAUGAAACAUUAACUGCUUAGUGAAUGUGACUUUUUUCACUUCAUUUUACAGGGGUGCCUGGGAUUUCAAGCCGGGGAUGCGCUGCGAUCCAAACCCAAAACCCAGAAACUGGACAUAACUGGUGUGUUUGGGAUGGCGUGCAGGCACGAGCAUCCGCUGAAGUUCCUGAACCUGAAGAGAGGAGAGAAGUAUGUCGAUGGAUGCAUGCAUGUGGACGGAUGGAUGGAUGGAAGGAUGGAUGGAUGCUUCAGAUAUGUAGCUGAUGUAUUUUAGUUAUAUACACUACCGUUCAAAAGUUUGGGGUCACUUAGAAAUGUCCUUGUUUUCGAAAGAAAAGCAUAUUUUUUGUCCAUUAAAAUAACAUCAAAUGGAUCAGAAAUACAGUGUAGACAUUGUUAAUGUUGUAAAUGGCUAUUGUAGCUGGAAACAGCUGAUUGUAAAUGGAAUAUCUACAUAGGCCCAUUAUCAGCAACCAUCAGUCCUGUGUUUCAAUGGCACAUUGUGUUUGCUAAUCCAAGUUUAUCAUUUUAAAAGGCUAAUUGAUUAUUAGAAAACCCUUUUGCAAUUAUGUUAGCACAGCUGAAAACUGUUGGCCUUCUUGAGACUAGUUGAGUAUCUGGAGCAACAGCAAUUGUGGGUUCGAUUACAGGCUCAAAAUUGCCAGAAACAAAUAACUUUCUUCUGAAACUCAUCAGUCUAUUCUUGUUCUGAGAAAUGAAGGCUAUUCCAUGCGAGAAAUUGCCAAGAAACUGAAGAUCUCGUACAACGCUGUGUACUACUCCCUUCACAGAACAGCGCAAACUGUCUCUAACCAGAAUAGAAACAGGAGUCCCACUCCCCGGUGCACAACUGAGCAAGAGGACAAAUACAUUAGAGUGUCUAGUUUGAGAAACAGACGCCUCACAGGUCCUCAACUGGCAGCUUCAUUAAAUAGUACCCGCAAAACACCAGUCUCAACGUCAACAGUGAAGAGGCGACUCCGGGAUGCUGACCUUCUAGGCAGAGUUGCAAAGAAAAAGCCAUAUCUUAGACUGGCCAAUAAAAAGAAAAGAUUAAGAUGGGCAAAAGAACACAGACACUGGACUUUUUCUUUGCAACUCUGCCUAGGUCAGCAUCCCGGAGUCGCCUCUUCACUGUUGACGUUGAGACUGGUGUUUUGCAGGUUCUAUUUAAUGAAGCUGCCAGUUGAGGACAUGUGAGGGGUCUGUUUCUCAAACUAGACACUCUAAUGUAUUUGUCCUCUUGCUCAGUUGUGCACCGGGGCCUCCCACUCCUCUUUCUAUUCUGGUUAGAGACAGUUUGCGCUGUUCUGUGAAGGGAGUAGUACACAGCGUUGUACGAGAUCUUCAGUUUCUUGGCAAUUUCUCGCAUGGAAUAACCUUCAUUUCUCAGAACAAGAAUAGACUGACGAGUAUCAGAAGAAAGUUAUUUGUUUCUGGCCAUUUUGAUCCUGUAAUCGAACCCACAAUUGCUGAUGCUCCAGAUACUCAACUAGUCUCAAGAAGGCCAGUUUUAUUGCUUCUUUAAAUCAGCACAACAGUUUUCAGCUGUGCUAACAUAAUUGCAAAAGGGUUUUCUAAUUAGCCUUUUAAAAUGAUAAACUUGGAUUAGCAAACACAACAUGCCAUUGGAACACAGGACUGAUGGUUGCUGAUAAUGGGCCUCUGUACGCCUAUGUAGAUAUUCCAUUAAAAAUCAGCCGUUUCCAGCUACAAUAGCCAUUUACAAAAUUAACAAUGUCUACACUGUAUUUCUGAUCAAUUUGAUGUUAUUUUAAUGGACAAAAAAAUUGCUUUUCUUACGAAAACAAGGACAUUUCUAAGUGACCCCAAACUUUUGAACGGUAGUGUAUAACAUUGGCUACGAUGACUGUUGUUGAACUGUCAUUUCAUGCUUGCAAAUGCUGUGUUCCUGAUGGGGGACCUGAAAGCAAUGCAGGGACCAAACAUCACAACGUUUCUUCACUAUGACAUUGCAUGCCAGCUGAAGCGUCAUUUACAGGUAAAAUUGAUAGAUCAAUCUAUGUUAGCUGUUAUAAUACAUUAGAUAAUGUAUUUAAUAUUUAACCACCAUCCUGUAGUAAGAGAUUCAUGAAUCGCUUAAUACGGUUUUAUGAAUGGCUUGAAACAAUUUGCUCCAUACCUGCUUUGUAAUCAUAAGUAAUAUAUUUUACACAAAAAUGCACAUAAUAACUGAUCCUACACUAAAUUAUUUUGACAUUUAGAAAACAUUCCUGAUCUAAUGGUGGACACAUUUGCAGUGCCAGCCUUUCAUGCCUUUGCCUAUAAUGCUGACUGUCAGAUAAUGAAUACAUUUUUUUCUUUAUCAUUUAUUCUGUUAAACACCAAUUCUUUGUAGUUGCACAGUUGCCCUAACAAUAUUAAGAAACAGCUAGAUGUAAUUUGUCCUAGUCCCUUAAUUAAUCAUCAUCACCCAUUGUAAUGCUCAUUAUGGUUUCUGAUUGUUCUUUACAUUUCAGGUAACUGACGGUACCAGGUAUGUGACUGGUAGCGGGCUUACUGACAGAGAACAGAUGGAGAGGUUGUGGUCCUACCUUAGAAGAUUUGGGAAGAUCACAAAAGAGAUGACACCAUCUCAUCGUGUAGACACCCUCACCAAUGCCCUCCUCUACUACGCAGCCAGGGUCAGGGAGAAGCAAGGUAUAAAUGUAGAACUGGAAAUCAGUUAAGUAUUGAGACGACCCAUUGUUCAGGAUUGUGUUGAUAUCAUUUUGCACAAAAAAAACAAGAUGUAUUUAAAACAAUCUAUGAAAUGUAUGUUCACCUUCAUAUGUUAUAGCACCAGCAAUACAACUCCGUCGGCAGGUCCUGAAGGAGGAAACCAAGGAAAGGAGGAGUUGAUGGUGCUGCUAAACAGCAUUCCAGAUUAGAUUCCAUGUGUUUUGCUCAUAAUUUUUGUUAAUAUGUAAUUAUCCUUUUCUGCUAAUUCAAUCAGAUGAAUUGGAAGCAGGGCUUCAGUAGCUGGAGUCAAGGCUUUCUCCUACAGAGCUCCUCUUUAUGGAAUGGUUUGCCGAUGUGAGAGAAUCAGACUCAGUCUCAACUUCAAGUCUAGACUGAAGACUUCUCUCUUCUGUCAGUCCUAUGAUUGAGUGUAGUCUGGCCCAUGGGUGGGAAUGUGAACAGAAAGGUACUAGCCCCCAUAACCCACCCCACCCAUAAACCUUGACUUCCUUAAACCUGAAAGCCAUCUGACCCUAGAGUCUUGAAAUGUUUGCACCUUCUAUAGCCAUUAUGGUCUUUACCUGACCCUGCUGGUCAUCUAUGAACAUUUGAAUGUUUUGUGUGCUCUAUCCUGUUCUGAUUAUCCAUCAGUCUGACAAGCAUGCACAUGAACCGCUUGUAUUGUGCUUCUGCCUCUGCAUUGCUUGCUCUUUGGGAUUUUAGGCAGGGUAUCUGUAAAGCACUUUGUGAUGCUGUUUUACAACUGCUGAGGUAAAAAGUGCUUUAUAAAAUAUAUUUGAUUGAUUUGAUGAUGAAUUCCUUUCAGUGGUUUCACUGACAAUUUGAUAUUUUAGUAACAUUUCUAAUAAGAUAUUUUUCACAAACUUAUGAGCAUUGCACAUGUAGAACUCAGCACAACUGCCAGUGUGGUUUAUUUUGUUCUGCAAUAGAUUUAAUUAGGCCCUUGAUUAUGUUGUAGGAAGCACACAGUCGGACGUGGAAGUUUGGACCCGUCAGAUAAAGGAGACCCUUACAGACAAGAGGACGUUGUUCCUUACCUGGCAGGAGAUACGUGGAAACUCUCGCAGAGCAACAUCGAGUCGCGUAUGUAGUUGCUACAUAUCUGACCUAAGGUUUUAUCCCAUCUCUAAACACCCCUUUCUGUCUGGCUUAGCCCUACCAGUCAUGACCGCCACUUUCCUAUACCCUGCUGUGUCCUGGUCCCACAAUCUCUUGGAUCUGCAUAGCUACUCCCUGUUACUUUAUACUCUUAUCACCACCUCCUGCUGUCACCUGCCCCUUUUCACUACAUAUCCCAGAAACAUGAGUUCCCCCCUCCCCUGCUUAAUCUAUUCUACAUGAAGUCUUCUGACCUGUGUGCCAACACUUCACGCUGCAUAAUCCACACUCAAAUGGAUUUUGCCUUCGUAACUGGUUAAUUUUAUGUUGAGAUGCAUUCAUACUGUUAUAUUUUCGCUUACAUAUUUGUAUGAUAUUUUCUAGGUCUGACAUGAUGUCCCCAUCAAUCACUGAUGAUAGGAACACUCAGUUGACUACUCAGCUUGAAAAGUAAAUCGCUUUUUUUAGGAUGUUGUCUUCAUCAUAUUUGUCCCACUGUAUUGGGGCUAGUCAAUAUAGGUUUUAAACCUUUUAACAUAAAUGUUCACGUUUCAGCCUGGAGGAAAGGUUGAAGGCCAUGGAGAAGAGACAUCGGAUUGUACGCUGGUCUCUUCAACACUGUGCAGCAAUUUUGGAAAGUCUGCAGACUAAGAAGACUCACUGUCUGCUGGCCACAAUCCAUAUGCUUGUCCUGGAGUGCUCUUUCUAUUGUGGCCUGAUCAGAACGUAUGCAGGUACUGCAGCCAAUUCAGUGUUGUUGAACACUGCAUCACACCCUGGCAUAUCACUGCUGUUGUUAUCUAAGUUUCAUUCACCCAGGUGCUUUGAACUACAGUGAGGGAAACAAGUAUUUGAUCCCCUGCUGAUUUUGUACGUUUGCCCUCUGACAAAGAAAUGAUCAGUCUAUCAUUUUAAUGGUAGGUUUAUUUGAACAGUGAGAGACAGAAUAACAACAAAAAAAUCCAGAAAAACGCAUGUCAAAAAUGUUCUAAAUUGAUUUGCAUUUUAAUGAGGGAAAUAAACUUCAAGAUUCUCAUUACCAUUUGUUAAAAUUGUUUUUCAGAUGGAUAAACCAUUGCUGUGCGUCUCUCCAGAAAAAUCAAGCGGACAU